AUGGCGUGCAAGGCUCCGUCAAUGACCAUCGAGUCCUAUCCGGACGCUAUUUCCACCUCCUGUUCGACUCCCAACGACCAGACGCCUCUUCUGCGCGAUCGGCGAAGAAGACAUUCUUUCCAGACGAUAAGGCGAACCUCAUGCGACUACGAUGCCGACGCAAUCUUUCUGAGGGUGGAGCUCUUUCUUGUCGAAUUGGAGAGACGGCUUCAAUGGUUGGAAGAAUACCGGAAGUCCCACAUGGAACAGGUCGAUGCGAGUUUGAGGAGAGGAUAUGCCGCGUUGGAAGCUGUGAGAGACUCAUGCUGUGCCGCCUCGGGGGAGCUGAUGGGCGGUGGUAAGAAACGGGCAAAGAUUCUCGUCGAAACCCUGGAAUCCCGAUACAACGAAGCUCUCGCGACGAAGGAGACACUCGAGCAAAAGGCUCACGCAGGCAUGCGACUGAUGGAGUCCUUCUUGAGUGAGAUCGAGUCUCGAGUCCAUGCCGUCCGGGACAGAGGCCUGUCCGGAGCAUUGGACGAGGGCUGGAAAGCAGUCGACUCGGGUCUGACGCAUGCUCGGGAAGCGGUUGGAGAAGCGGUUGAUGAGGGUAUGGAGCGCGCCCGGCGAGCCAAGGACGCUCUUCGCGAAAGCAUCGAUCGUGCGAUCCAGCUGGCGCAGAAGAACCGUCUGAUCCAUUACUCCGACCUCCCACACCCGUGGAGAGUGAACCCGCACAUCCUGCAAGGAUAUCGUUUCACGACCUCGAAGGUGGAAUGCCUGGCGUCGAUCUUCUCCUUCUCGAACGAGUUGGUCAACAUCUGGUCUCAUCUCAUCGGUUUCUUCAUUGUCUUGGCCGUGGCUUUCUACUUCUACCCGCUCAACCCCAACUUCUCUCUAAGCACCAAGGCGGACGUGAUGAUCGCUGCUGUGUUCUUCUUUGCAGCUUGCAAGUGCCUGGUCUGCAGCACCUUAUGGCACACGAUGAACGGCAUUGCCAACCAACCCCUGAUGGAGCGCUUCGCUUGCGUUGAUUAUACUGGAAUCUCCUUCCUAGUUGCGGCUUCGAUUAUCACCACCGAGUACACUGCAUUCUAUUGCGAGCCCACGUCACGAUGGAUCUACAUUCUUCUCACACUAUCUCUUGGUGUUGGCGGCGUGAUCCUCCCCUGGCAUCCGACCUUUAACCGUGCUGAGAUGGCGUGGGCCCGGGUAGCCUUUUAUGUCACACUGGCAUUGACCGGCUUUGCCCCUCUGGCUCAAUUGAGCUACACCCGGGGCUUUGAGUGGUGUCUGUACUUUUACGCGCCGGUGAUGAAGAGCAUCCUAGUAUACUUCCUUGGAGCGUGCAUCUAUGCUUCCCAGAUCCCGGAACGAUGGCGCCCCGGACUUUUUGACUAUUGUGGAGGCAGCCACAACAUCUGGCAUAUAGCUGUGGUGGGGGGCAUUCUGUUCCAUUAUUGUGCCAUGCAGGAUCUCUUUGCGGGCGCCUUCCAGCGAGCUCAAGGCGAAUGCCCAACCUUGACCAGGUGA